AUGACUCAGAAACUCUCUCGAUUCCGCACACUAUUUCUCGGACCGCUCGACGAAUUCGCAGACACUGGGGCCAACCAAGCGAUGAAGACGAAGUUCGAUGAGACAAAAGAGGUCUUCUCAACUAUUUAAGGCCGGGUCGACGGGACAAAUGGUCAUCUCAACCUACUUCCAACAUGAAAUUCGCUGUGGUCUUCGCGAUUGUCCUCGUCGCUUUGGCUUCCGCGGCGCCCGGACGGUAAUUUUUCGCCGUUUUUGGGCUUAAUUUUGCUCUAAGACUUUUAAGAACCUCUAUUUUAACUUGUUGAAUCAUUCAGAACUAGAAAAAAUAUCGAAAAAAAUAUUUUUUUCGAUAUUUUUCCAGGUCAAAAACGGUAAUUUUUUUCGCCUUUUUGGACGUUUUUUUGAGCUCAUUCUUGCUCUAAAACUUUUUUGAACUUCAAUUUUAGGCUUGUUGAAUCCUUCAAAACUAGAAAAAAAUAUGGAUUUGAAUAAAAAUAUCGAAAAAAAAAAUUUUUUUCAAUAUUUUCCAGGUCAAAACGGUAAUUUUUCGCCUUUUUUGAACAUUUUUGGGCUCAAUUUUUGCUCUAAAGCUUUUUUGAACCUCUAUUUUAAGCUUGGUAAAACUAUUUUGAACUGGAAAAGGUGGUUUGGAUAAAAAAAAAAAAAUUUCUUUUCGAUAGUUUCCAGGUCAAAACUAUCACUGGCGAUUCUAAGCGCCACAAACCACUUUAGUAGCUUCAGCUCUCUUAAAUGAUCCCUAGAACUGCUCAGAAACGUCCGGGUCCCGUUCCAAGUUCUCGGACCUCGGUAACAAAAACCGGACGUUUCUAGGACCACUUUAGCGGAUUCAGAACCCUUAAGUGAUCCCUAGAAAGCUCAGAAACGUCCGGAGCGCGUCCGGGUUCCGUUUCAAGUUCUCUGACCUUGGUACCGCGAAUCGGACGUGUCUAGUGACCACUUUAGUAGCGUCACCCCACUUGAGUGAUCCCUAGAAUUGCUCAGAAACGUCGGGCUUCUCGUUAUCAAGUUCAGAGGAUAGCGUGUAAAUCCAGCCUCAAAAAUUCGGUUAUCAAAAUUAAACUUUCCAUGAUGAACUUUUUCAGCUCUACUUCCAUAUCAAACUCUUAAAAAACCCGAAAAACCCGAAAAAAACUUUUUUAAAAAACAAAAAACAAAAACGAAAAAACCCUCUCAUAGCCAGAAAAAAUCCAAAAAAAUCAGUACGUCAUGAAAGUCCGGCUUUUUUUGCCCCUAAUCUCAUGUCUAUAGAAAAUUUAACUUCAAAAGUCAUUCUCUCCAGAAAAUUGUAAUACUAUUACUUCCACUACCUUUCUCAGUAUAUUUUUAAGAGAACCCGGAAAAAAUCCAACUAAAUCAGAAACUUAUGAUAGAUCCAUUUCCGUAAAAUCUUCUCACAAAACCACUUUCCCCUAAACACCUCAAAUCCUUCAGAUUCCGCCGUGGCGGCUACGGCCCCCCAUCCUACAUCAACAACGGCGGCGGUAACUUCGACGGCGGAGUUCCACUCGGCGGCGGCGGCUUCACCGGGGGCUUCAACGACGGCGGCUUCAACAACGGACCUCCUUCGUUCGGAGGCAACGGCGGAAGCUACGGACCCCCACAGAACAGCUACGGACCCCCACAGAGCAGCUACGGCGCUCCACAAGGCGGAUACGGUCGACCAUUCUAA